GAUGAUGGCUACAAUCGAACGGAUCACAAAGAGAGAUAAAGAGGUAUAAUUAACGACUUGACGGUGGUAACCUUCGCUUCCUCUCUCCCUCUUCGGUGGGCGCAGAGAUAACGCAGUGCUCAAUUCAUCGACCAUGGAGUCCAAUUCCCAAUCAGGAGCUGGUAACCCACCACCAAAACCUUGGGAACAGGCAGGCACCUCUUCUGGUUCUGGCCCUUUUAAACCACCAUCACCAGGCAGCACUAGUGAUGUGGUUGAGGCAUCUGGGACAGCAAGACCCGGUGAAAUUGUUCCUCCAACUAACACAGCUGCAAACAUGAAUGCUCUUAGUAGGCCUGUGCCCACUAGGCCAUGGGAUCAGCAGCAGAACUAUGGUAGUAGUUAUGGAGGUUAUGGUUCUGGUCUAAAUUAUAAUUCUGGUUAUGGAUCGGGAAUGUAUGGCGCAUCAUAUGGUAAUGGUGGAUAUGGAAGCACUUAUGGUGGUGGACUAUACGGGAAUAGCAUGUAUAGAGGAGGUUAUGGAGGGAUGUAUGGAGGCUCUGGAAUGUACGGCGGGGGGAUGUAUGGUGGUGGUUUAGGGGGCCAAAUGGGUGGUUAUGGCAUGGGAGGAAUGGGAAUGGGUCCAUAUGGUGAGCAGGAUCCUAACAAUCCAUUUGGUGCUCCACCAUCACCGCCGGGCUUUUGGAUUUCGUUCCUUAGAAUGAUGCAAGGAGUUGUGACCGUUUUUGGCCGGAUAUCAAUGCUGAUAGACCAGAAUGCCCAGGCAUUCCACAUGUUUAUGUCUGCGCUCCUUCAGCUUUUUGACCGCUCAGGUGUUUUGUAUGGAGAGUUGGCUAGGUUUGUUCUCAGACUGUUGGGAAUCAGAACAAAGCCGAAGAUGGUUCCUGGACAGGGACCUGAUGGACUCCCAGUACCUCACAACCCUCGUGGAAAUAAGAACUACAUUGAGGGGCCUAAGGCUGCCCCAAAUGGUCCAUGGGAUGAUGUCUGGGGGAGGCAGCAGUAAGAAUAUCAGUGCUGUCUUAGAUUGAAAUAUUUCCCAGUUUUUGUCAGGCUUCAGAGAAAUCAACCAGAAAUUUAGAUCGUUUGAUGGAUUAAAUUCAGAUGGGAAAUUCUAUACGUGCCUCUGCGGGUUGGAGGAGUUGGAGUACAAGUGUUGUUUACUUGAAAUGAGCUUAUUAGGAAAAUGUGAUAGUCGAAUCUCGUCGUGUGGAAUGGUUUGCGUGCAAUAUGACUUCAAUCUAAGUUCUCAUGAAUAAAUUUUUUUUCUUUCUAUUCACAUAUAUUGUCUCAUGUGUAUUGAGCAAUGGAUAUGUGAGCAUUGCAAUUGAAGCAAGUGGCGGUGUUGAGAAAUAAAUUAUGGUUUUUAUCAAGGGUUUUA